AUGGAUCAGCAGUGGACUACCUACUCCGAGCCGCCCGCUGCGAGCCGCCAGGCGCGGUAUGCUCCACACAACAUGACCACCCCCCAGCAACACCAGCGAGACCCGAAUCUACCACCGCAGAUCAAGCAGGACCCAUAUGCUUCCCCCGCGGCGCCCUCGCGGACGAACUCAAUGGCGCUGGCCUCGCCCGGCGGGCCCCACACCCGCGGCCCAGAAUACAAUGACGGAGACGGCGAUGUGCCCAUGGAGGAUGCAGACCCGUACAAGCCCAAGUACGGCACGACGCGUCCGAACCACCAGCACAGGCACUCGCAGCAGUUUCUGCAGCAGGUGCAACAGGAGGAGAGCACAGCCGCGCGGCGAUAUUCGCCCAUGAACCUGUCGCCGACGUCACCGUACAGCGGCAGCACGCAGCAAGGCGGGCAGAACUACACGAGCUUCUCGCCGCAGACUCAGGGCAGCAACCGGCAGAGUCCGACGAGGAACAACCCCUACAUCUCGCCGCCGAACAGCUAUUAUUCUCCGCCAACUUCUCGGCCGCACGCGCCCCAACUACCGCCCAUCCAGUCCAACAUGAGCCCCGAGAGCUUCUACCCGCAAUCAGCGACUGCGCAACUCAACGCCGUGUACAACAGAGAGGCGCGGUCACCGCGCACCACGAACCCAAAUCCUCCGCAGCUGCCCCCGAUAGGGCGGGGACCCGUCCCGAAGUUCGACAAGUGCACGAACACUGCCGAGCUGAAUGCGCAAAUCAACCAACAGCCGCCAUUCCGCCGCGCUCAUCCUGAAGGAGGCUUUAUUAGCCCCCUGCAAGCCUUAACGACGCAUCUGCCCGCAACGUACAGGAUAUGCAAUCCCAACUUCAAGUACGAGUCGUCCCGCAACCCGCGCCGAGUCCUCACGAAACCGAGCAAAGGAGUGAAGAACGAUGGGUACGACAACGAAGACAGCGAUUACAUCCUCUACGUCAACGACAUCCUUGGUUCAGAAGACGCAGGGCAUAAGAACAGGUACUUGAUACUGGAUGUACUCGGCCAAGGUACUUUUGGGCAGGUCGUGAAGUGCCAGAAUCUCAAGACGCAAGAGGUGGUCGCGGUUAAGGUCAUCAAGAACAGGACCGCAUACUUCAACCAGAGUAUGAUGGAAGUGUCGGUUCUUGACCUGUUGAACAAGCAGAUGGACAAGAACGACGAUCACCACUUGCUGCGACUGAAGGACACAUUCAUCCACAGGCAGCAUCUCUGCUUGGUGUUCGAACUCCUCAGCGUUAAUCUGUACGAAUUGAUCAAGCAGAAUCAGUUCCGCGGGCUAUCGACGACCUUGGUCCGCGUAUUCGCACAGCAGCUGCUUAACGGCCUUGCUUUGCUGGGCAAAGCGAAACUGAUACACUGCGAUCUGAAACCCGAGAACAUCCUACUCAAGAACCUCGAAAGUCCAAUCAUCAAGAUUAUCGACUUCGGAUCUGCGUGUGACGAGCGACAAACGGUAUAUACGUAUAUCCAAUCGCGGUUUUACCGUUCACCCGAAGUGCUAUUGGGUUUGCCAUACUCAGCAGCGAUCGAUAUGUGGUCACUCGGCUGCAUCGUGGUCGAACUGUUCCUAGGCCUGCCGCUCUUUCCCGGCUCAUCUGAAUAUAACCAGGUCGCUCGAAUCACGGAAAUGCUUGGUCUGCCGCCGACAUGGAUGCUCGAAAUGGGAAAGCAGUCUGGCGAAUUCUUCGAGAAAACGCACGACGAAUACGGACGAAGAACCUACCGCCUAAAGUCGAUGGAGCAGUACUCCAGAGAGCAUGGGACAAAGGAGCAACCGAGCAAGAAGUACUUCUCUGCUACCACUCUGCCCGAGAUCAUUAAGAACUACCCAAUGCCUCGGAAAAACAUGAAAGCAAACGAGAUUGAGCGAGAAAUGCAAAAUCGGCAAGCAUUCAUCGAUUUCGCUCAAGGAUUGCUGAACCUCAACCCGCUCGAGCGAUGGACUCCUAAUCAAGCAAAAUUACACCCGUUCAUCACGCAGCAGAAGUUCACUGGGCCAUUCGUGCCGCCCAUGACGAUGCGGUCAGGAUCCAGCAGAUCUCCUGCUCCAGGUGUACAGGAGCAGCAGCGGUACGAGGGCCUAAGCAAACAACGAGCACAGGCGCAGCAAGCUGCCGCAGCACAGCAGCAAGCACAACAGGCGGCACAGACUGCCGCGUAUGCUAAUAUGCAAAUGAAUCAGUAUGCCGCCCAGAGUCCGCACCCCCAAGCGCCAAACAUGUACAAUAGCAUGUACAGCCCGAACCAUCAGGGCGCCCCUCCACCGUACCCCGCACAGCCUACCUAUGGCCAGCAGAUGGGGAUGAUGCAGCCACAACAACGACAGUACAACCAGCCUCAGAAUUUGUAUGCACAAGCUACAACACGCGCUGGAAGACAACGGGCAUCUACGAUGGAUCAACAACAAUCUGGAAUCCCUCCGGCAUUGCAGAGGGUCAUAAGUCACCUGGACCCGAACCAACCGAUUCGUCUGCAGCCAUCUCCGGCGUAUUAUCCGCCACCACCAGAUGGUGCACCGGAAAGUGCAAGCAGCGCCCGAAGAAGGGGUUCCCGGGCCGGAGGGCAUGGCCAGCGAGAACCGAGGAAUUUCAUCCGGAACUUGGAGGAUAGGACUCUCGAGGAGGGUUUCAUGAAUCAGCAUUGGCAAUGA